GAAAACGCAUCGUAUCCAAAUCCAUCGCGCAGAGAAAAACCUGGGCCAAGUUUGGUGAAUCCGAAGGAGACAAACCAGGUCCAAAUCCCGCAAACACAAUUGUUGCUGAAGAUGUUUACAUGCAGUAUAUCUCCAACAAGGAGGAAGAGAAGCAGGAGGAUGAGGGAGGCAUUGAGAAACUGAAGGCACUUGGUGACAAGAAUGUUGUCAAAUGUAGGAACUGUCAAGGCGACCAUUGGACAUCAAAGUGUCCAUGGAAGGACACUGUAUUAGCUGGUGGUGCUAAGCCAGGUGAACUCAAACCAUCUGCACCAGGUGCUGCAGGUGCUGAUGGGUCAAAACCACCAGGAAGUAAGUAUGUCCCGCCUAGUUUACGAGAGGGCGCAACCAAACGCUCUGAUGGACCCAACAUGCCACGUCGAGACGAUGCCACCGCCAUCCGUAUUAACAACUUGAGCGAUUCCACCACCGAAUCCGAUCUGGAGGAACUCGUACGACCAUUUGGACCUAUUCAGAAGUUAUAUUUAGCUAAGGAGAAGUCAACUGGACUCUGCAAAGGUUUUGCUUAUGUCCACUUCAAGUUCCGCAAUGAUGCAGCCAAGGCAAUCGCCAACCUCAACGGACAUGGCUAUGACCAUCUUAUUCUGAUUGCGGAAUGGUCCAAACCACCGGCGCAUUCCAACUAGGAGAAGAAAUAAUAUGUUUUGCAACUUUAUUUGGAGAAUAAUAACUAUUCAAAAAGA